AAGCCACGUCAUACGGCUGAGGUAAGAAGUGAAUAAAAGGGGCCGUUUUUUGUAUAAGCAAAAGAGCGCAGUUCACGAGUAUGGAUUGAAAACAACACUACCUUCACUGCGCACCCUAACAACUACUUCAUGUCUUCUUUCUUCCCCAAACCAAAACCACUUUCACUUCCUUUCAAACUCUUCAACCCUUGAGAAUUAGGGUUUUUCUCAACCACUUUCGAUAUUGCUCUUCAUCGUUUCACUCUAGCGCUUUCGUGCCUCUCCCAUGGCACCUACUCGAAAAAAGGGCGCCAAGAAAUCAGUGCCCGCAGCUGCUGCUUGCCGGGAAUGGAAAAACGGCGAUCUCGUGCUUGCUAAAGUGAAAGGCUUCCCUGCUUGGCCUGCAACGGUAAGUGAUGCGAAUAAAUGGGGUUACUCAGCGGAUCGGAAGAAAGUAUUUGUUCUCUUCUUUGGAACCGAUCAAAUUGCUUUCUGCAAUCCUGCUGAUAUUGAGGCAUUUACUGAAGAGAAGAAACAAUCUCUUGCCAAACGUCAAGGAAGGGGUGCUGAUUUUGUUCGUGCAUUAAAUGAGAUUAUUGAAUGUUAUGAUAAGUUAGAGAGAGGGACUCAAGUUGAUGGAACUAGCUCUGGUGGUGAAGUUGCUAAUGCAGAUGUGGGAAGUCCACUUGACCCAUCUUCCAACUCAGGGUUCAAAGAUCAGUUGAAUACUCCUUGGACAGUUAAUUCACAAAUGAAAUUAUCAAAUUCUGCUACUGGCAGACAUGAGCAAGUUUAUGCAGUUGAGGACGACUCAUUUGGUGUACCGAGGAAUGGAACUUAUAUUAAAGAGGCUACUGGUGACACUGUUGCAACUAGAACUGUAAAAUCUUUUUUGCCAGUGAAACAAGAAAAAGAACCAGAUCAAAGGUCCAUAAGCUCAUCACAGAUCCAAACCAUUGUUCUACAUCGUAGUGAUGGUAGAAAUAAUGGUGGCAAUAGUGAUGGCAACAUAUCAGCUGAUACAAUUCAGAACAAAUUUAUUAGAAGAAGAAUUAGGCCUAUCAAGAAAUCACCUGACCUUUUUGGCUCCAAUGACACUGAUUCAUCUGCAUUUGCCUCAAAUGUUAGCAUGGUGGAAAAUGGUUCUGAACAAUCUGAGAUUAUUGAGGGCUCUAAAUAUGAAGCUGAAUUAAACAAAGUCCUUGAUUGUGAAAUGAAGGCUGUAAUUGGCAAGAAGAAAAGAAAACCAAACAGGACAAGGAAAACCAAUAAUGCUUGUGUUCAGAAUGCCAAUCAAAGUUUGCAGAAUAUGUCUGAAAAUCCAAAAGAGGGAUGCUCUGACCAAUAUGGAGAUGAACACUUACCCCUGUCGAAGCGAGCUAGAGUUAGAAUGAUUAACUCAUCAUCCACGGGGGAAGAACACAAUAGAAUUGUACGAGUACAGGAGAAAAGUAUUGUUGUUCAUGCUUCACCAUUGCGGAUAAUCACAUCAUCAAAUGGUGAAAAUGGUUGCCUUGCUGAUGGAGACUCAUCGGCAUUGAAUAUGGCUUUGGCUAGUGAUUCUCCUAAGUUAUUAACUCACUGUUCCGAAAAUGGGUUACAGACUUCUGAAGUUAAGAAAGACCAAUUAUUUAGCUUCUCUAUGAAUGAUGAAUCUGCUUUACCUCCAUCUAAACGCAUCAAUCGUGCAUUAAAAGCAAUGUCUGCUAAUGCUGCUGCUGCUGCUGAAGGAGCUUGUAUUGAAUCACCACCCUCUAAAAUGCCUUCAAGUGGUAGAUGCUGUAUAUCUGCUGCAAUCAAGAGAUGUUCUUGUAUGAUUAUUGAUAAUCAAGGAGGUGAUGAUUUAGAACUGAAAGGCUUGGACUCUUGUGGCAUUGAUUGUUCGAAUAGCCGAGUGUGUAGUUUUUCAACCUGUUCAAAUCCAAUGAGUUUAAUAGAGGACAAGUCAUCUAUUGAAGAGGAUAAACAGUUGACCAAGUCACAAAAACAUGAGUCUGGCAAGGAUAUCAUCCCAGCCCCAGGUGCUAGGCUCCAAAUUGGUGAAGGUCUUAGUGAUUCCGUGGUCUGUGCACCUGCUAAAAUAGAUUCACAAGUUGUAAUGCAUGAAGAAAUCUCUCCUAAUGUUCAUGUGAAAUGUUGUCAAGUUGGAAGCAAUCAAGAUUCACCAGGUCCAUCAUUACCAGCAAGUGCCAAUGAAAGUAUCAGACAUGUGAUUCAUUCAAAUGCAUCUGAUACAUCUGAUCAUGGUGGAAUAAAUCUUGAUCUUGUGGCGGGUCCCAAUGAAAGUGAAAAAUCGCUACCUCAAAAUAGUAUCGCCAUGCCUCAGAAUAUGGUGAUGGUUUGUGAGGAUAUGAAGCAAACAUCUGGCGACAGCAGUAAAAUCAAUGACAAGCAUGAGGUUAUGAAAGAAGUAAAAUUUAAAAAACAGGAGGUGGGUAUGAUUUCUCUAUCAAUAUCCGAUUGUUCAAGGGAAAACAGUGUUUUGGGCAUUCGAGCAAGCUCAUCCUUGACUGAUGGGGGAGUUUGCCUUCCACAAGGUUCACCUCCAAAUACCUCAGUUCGCAAUGUUUCUACAUCAGACAGUAGUAAUAUUCAUCAAAAUGGAAGCUGUAGCCCUGAUGGACUCCAGAAGAGUAUUUUAUCUGGUUAUAUUGAUGGAUAUAAAGUUGGGGCUGUGGCAAUUCAAGGAUCUAGAUCUUUAGACAAGUCAACUGAAGCAGGACACGCUGCUUUGUUAUAUUUUGAAGCAGUGCUUGUGACAUUGAAAAGGACAAAGGAAAGUAUUGGUCGAGCAACACGCAUUGCUAUUGAUUGUGCAAAGUUUGGCAUUGCAACAAAGGUGGUGGAAAGUCUUGUCCACAGUCUGGAAAAUGAGCCAAGCCUUCGUCGGAGAGUGGAUCUGUUUUUCCUUGUUGACUCUAUUGCUCAAUAUUCUCGAGGUUUGAAAGACGAUGUUGGUGGAGUAUAUCCAGCUGCUAUGCAAGCAGUCUUGCCACGCCUAUUGUCUGCUGUUGCCCCUCUUGGAAAUACUGCACCUGAAAAUCGUAGGCAGUGUCUUAAGGUGUUAAGACUGUGGUUGGAGAGAAGAAUCCUACCAGAAUCCAUUAUUCGCCAUCACAUCCGGGAACUGAACUCAUAUAGCAGGUCAGCUUAUGCAGGUGUUUACUCACGCCGUUCGUUGAGAACAGAAAGGUCGUUAGAUGAUCCUAUUAGAGAUAUGGAUGGUAUGCAUGUUGAUGAAUAUGGAAGCAACUCGAGUUUUCAGUUAUCUGGAUUUCGCAUGCCCUGUAUGCUUGAAGAAGGAGGGAGUGAUUCUGAUGGAGGGAACUUGGAGGCUACUGCGCCUGGGCACGAUUCUGAAACAUAUGAAGUACAAGAAGUCUCUCAUGCAUUUGAAAAACAUAGGCGUGUGUUGGAAGAUGUUGAUGGCGAGCUUGAAAUGGAAGAUGUGGCACCCUCUUUUGGUGUGGAAUUGAAUUCGAUUUGUAAUGUUGAUGGAAGAACUGCAUCACAGCUUGAUCAGAAACCUCCUCUGUCCUUUGCUCCUCAUUUAACCCAAGAUGUGCCAUUAUCUUCCCCAGCUCCACCAUCAUUCCCUCCACCACCACUACCAUCAUCUCCUCCACCUCCACCUCCACCGCCCCCACCAACACUGCAUCUCAUGUCAGCUACAUCUGAUCAAUACGACACUGCAAUUGAUUCAAAACCUUUUACAGAUUCACAGGCAGUGCAUGGCAAAACAUUUCAUUCUGUGGCUCAUCACUUAGAUUCACCAAGAAAUAGUCGACCUAUGGAUGCAGCGCAGUUUCAAAUCCCAGAAUGUAGAGACGUGGAAAUGCAGAUACCAGAGUCUCCUUGCUCUUUCAACACUCACCCCCCUGUACGACCACCAGAAAAUUCCAGGAGUGCUGACGGUUUUACUAUGCAUAAUGAAGGUUACAUACUACGACCACCACACCGUGUGCCAUCGGAUCAGUUUUCUUUCAUUCAUGCAGAAAAUCGUCCAAAGCCUCAGAGGGAGGUUCCACCACCCCCUUCAUACUCCAAUAGACAACACUUUGUGCAGAACACAAGGAGGGAGAACUUCUAUAACACUCACGAGAGAGAUGGAAUGAGAUGCAAUACUCGUGCACUACAUGAACAGAGAUGGAACACUCGGACAGCACGUGAAGAGAGGUGGAAUACUCGGGCACUGCGUGAAGAGAGGUGGAAUACUCGGGUACCACAUGAAGAGAGAUGGAGUUUUCGGACAGCAUAUGAAGAGAGAUGGAAUACUCGGUCGACAUAUUCUGAUGUGCUUUCCCCUUAUGAUUGCCAUCCAAGUGCAUCGACUAGAUCACCAGGUCAAGGUUGGAGAUUACCUCACCUGCCAAUGAGUUACAGAGGCUCCCUGCCUUUUAGAUCAGCCUUCCAUGACGCAAUUCCAGGAGUUAACCGAGGCUAUUGGCGGCCUAGGAGAACUGAAGUCAACCGACAAUGAAGCUGCCAUACUUCUGUCUGUCCGCAACCCUCUUUUUGUUAUUCUUCAACAAUUAGUAUUGUUGCUUUCACUCGUUGAAUGUUAGAUAUGACUCACUUUUUGACGUGGGCCCUAUCUUCUUCACGAGAGGUAGUUUAUGUUCCAUCUUUCUGUACAGGAAAGAAAGAAUCUUUGGACAGUUUGCUGGAUCUGAGGAAUGGUCAUGAUAUGCUAGAUCUGUAUAUAAUUAUUGCAGCAUCUUCUGCAGGAUACAAAGCAGGGAGAGUCAUUGUAAAGUGGUUGGAAAGCUGUAACAUCAUGUAUCAAAAUUUUUGUCGCCAACUAUAUGAUUUUUUUCAUGGAAGCCCUUAUAGGUGUUAGACCAGAAUUCAUAAAAAAAUAUCUUGGCUGAUUUUUUAGACAUCGCUCUCUUCGUUUAUGGAAAAUCUCCCCCAGAGGGUUGAGAAUUCCUUUUCUCAAUUGUUUGCUUUUAUUUCUUUAGUUAUCCUGGGCAAAUUUUAAUCGACAUUAUUUGUGGUGAAUAAAAACAUUCUAGUGCAAUGAAUGAUAUAUUUUCGGAAUA